AGAAUGAAUGCUUGGCAGAGUCUGACGCGACGCCUGGCCGUCGCCACAGGCCCCAUUCGAUCGUUGAGAGGGUCCUCGGCCCAGGCGCAGACACAGGCCCAAGCGAGUGUCGAGGAUGUGGAGGCACGCCCCUUCAGCGAGGUGCCGCGGCCCGGCAGGCUGCAGUUCAUGCGGAGCUUCAUGCCCGGCGGGGAGUUCAGCGACGCCUCCAUUGUGGAGUUCUCGAUGGGCAUGCGGCGCCGGUACGGGGACAUCUUCAUCCUGCCAGGGAUGUUCGGACGCAAGGACUGGGUGGUGACGUUCAACACCGGCGAUAUUGCCACUGUGUUCCGCAACGAGGGGGCGUGGCCGCAUCGCGAGGCCUUCGACUCGAUUGUGCACUUCCGGCAGCACAUUCGGCCAGACGUCUAUGGGAGAACCCUGGGGCUGACGGCGGGGCAGGGGGAGGACUGGGGCAAGAUGCGCUCCGCCGUCAAUCCGAUCUUCAUGCAGCCCAGGGGCCUCCGGAUGUACUUCGAGCCGCUCUCCAACAUCAACAACGAGUUCAUCGAGCGCAUCAAGGAGAUACGCGAUCCGAGCACCCUGGAGGUGCCCAGCAACUUCAACGACGAGAUGCAGCGCCUGAUCUUCGAGUCGCUGGCUCUGGUGUCGUUCGAUCGGCAGAUGGGGAUCAUCCGGAAGCACAGGGACAACUCCGACGCCCUGGCCCUCUUCCGCACCUCGAGGGACAUAUUCCGCUACACCUUCCAGCUGGACGUCCAGCCAUCGGCGUGGAAGUACGUCUCCACGCCCACCUACCGCAAGAUGAUGCGCACCCUCAACGAGAGCCUGGACGUGGCCCAGCGCGUGCUCGCGGAGUCGCAGCAGCUCCUGGAGCAGCGGCGCCGGGCCGGCGAGCAGGUGAACAGCCACAGCAUGCUGCAGCGCCUCAUGGACAUCGAUCCCAAGCUGGCCCUCAUCAUGGGCCUGGAAAUCCUGUUCGCGGGCGUGGAUGCCACGGCCACGCUGCUCUCCGCCGUGCUGCUCACCCUGGCCAAGCAUCCGGAGAAGCAGCACAAGCUGCGCGCGGAGGUGCGCCAGGUGAUGCCCUCGAAGGAGUCGCUGCUCAACGAGGACACCAUGAGGGACAUGCCCUACCUGCGGGCCGUGAUCAAGGAGACGCUCCGCUUCUACCCCAACGGCCUGGGCACCCUGCGCACCUGCCCCACCGGCGUCACCCUCUCGGGCUACGCGGUGCCCCCGGGCACCCCCGUCCUGCUCGCCGCCAACGCCCUCAUGAAGGACCCCGCCCACUACCCGCGCCCCGACGAGUUCCUGCCCGAGCGCUGGCUGCGCGAUCCCCAGUCCGGCCAGAAGAUGCAGGUCAGCCCCUUCACCUUCCUGCCCUUCGGCUUUGGGCCGCGCAUGUGCCUCGGCAAGCGCGUGGUGGACCUCGAGGUGGAGACCAGCGUGGCCAAGCUCAUACGCAACUUCCACGUGGAGUUCCUGCACGAUGCCUCGAGGCCCUACAAGACGCUCUUCGUGAUGGAGCCGGCGAUAGAUUUUCGCUUCAGGUUCACAGACAUCCAGGAGUGAGAGGAUCGCAUGCUAGAUAUGAUUAGAGUACUUCCAAUAAACUAAGCUCCCAAAUCGAUA